AUGAACUAAGUAUAUUUAAUUUCUAUUUUGAUCAUAUCUACCUAUUGUGCUUCAUUUUUAGAAGAGCAACCAAGAAUGCAGAAUAAAAUUUAUUCAAUAAAAUUGGAUAGAACUUAAUCUUAAGCAAGAAAAUCAUUUUUCGAUUUUAUAACAACAGGGCAACAUUUUAGAUCUAAGAGUGAUAUAUUAGAUGACAUUGCAUUAACAUAAACAACAUAGAAGGAGAAUAUAAAAUUAUAUAAUUUUAAAAAUACAUAAUAUACUGGUGAAAUUAGUUUUGGGUCAUAAGAAAACAAAUUUAAAGUAGAUUAAUAUGAUUUAUUAUAUUAUAGGUUAUAUUUGAUACUGGAUCAGCUAAUAUUUGGUUGAAUUCUGCAAGAUGUAAUGAUUAUGGAUGUAAAAAUCAUAAAUAAUAUGAUGGUUAAAAGAGUUUGACUUAUGAACAUUUAGGUUAUGAUUUAGAUGUUGAAUUUGGUACUGGUGAAUUAAUGGGAGAGGUAAAUAAUAAUAUAAUAAAUUAAAAGAUUAAUGCAGAUACUGCUUAUGUUGGAAAUGUAAUGAUUAGAAAAUAAGAGUUUGCAGAAAUAGUUAGAGAAAAUGGAGAUGUAUUUGCUUUAUCUGAUUUUGAUGGUAUAGUUGGUUUAGCAUAUCCAACAAUGGCUGCAUAUCAUUUUAAUCCAUUAUUUGAUAAUAUCAUGCAAUAAAAAUUGUUGGAUAGGAAUGUGUUUUCAUUUUACUUUUCAAGAUAAGAAGGUUCUAGAACUUCAGAACUAACUUUAGGUGGAUGGAAUUAAGAUCAUUUUGUUGGAGAAUUACAUUUUCAUAAUGUUGCAAAUAAGUAUUAUUGGCUUUUAGAAGCAAAUAACAUAUUAGUUAAUGGAAAGGAUAUUGGAUUAUGUAAAGGAGGUUGCAGUGUUAUAGCAGAUACUGGUACAUCAUUAAUAACAGGGCCAUCUAAUGAUUUAUAUGAUAUGUUAGAUGCUCUUAAUAUAGAUGAAAAUUGUAAGAAUAUUAAAGAAUUACCAACUUUAACAUUUGUGUUAGAUGGAAUUCAUUAUGAUCUUGAUGCACAUGAUUAUAUAAUGAAAAUAGAUUCAUAUGGAAAUGAAGUAAAUAAAUUAAUAUUAUAUAAUUAGAUUGCUUAUGGAUCUUUUGCAUCUACAGACAGCUUCUUAGAAAUGGGUGGAGGUUGUGAAUGUGUUGGAACAUUCAUGCCACUUGACAUUCCAUUCCCUCAAGGACCAGCUUGGAUAUUAGGUGAUACUUUUUUAAGCAAAUAUUAUUCAGUUUAUGAUAGAGAUAAUGAUAGAGUUGGAUUUGCAAGAUCUAAAUGA